CUCUUGGCGAUGUUUCGUUUGUUAAAAUCUUGGAAGAAAUUAUUGCAACCUGUGUUCAGCAUUAAAAUGGAAGUGACAAAGUCAAACUUCCCAGAUGCCUUAAAAAUUUUAAAGUCAUCGAUUAAAAAGGCAGACUUUAUAUCAAUUGAUGGGGAGUUUACUGGAUUGAGUACAUUAAAAGGACGAGGGUUAACUUAUGAUACGAUGGAGGAAAAGUAUGAAAAACUAAGAAAAGGGUCGAGUGAAUUUAUGCUGGUACAAUAUGGCAUAUGUUUGUUCACCUGGAAUGACGAAAAUGAAAAGUACGAGGCUAUGCCAUUUACGUUUUACAUAUUUCCAAGACCUUAUAAAAGGUUUUUUAAUGAUGUAAUGUUUAUGUGUCAGAGCUCAAGUAUUGAUUUUCUCGUAAGCAAUGGCUUUGAUUUUAACAAACUUUUUUGUGAAGGGGUGUCGUUUAUGACUCCUUGGGAGCAAAAGAAAGCAGAAGUCCGACUAAAUAAAGAACUUUCUUUUUUAUCAAAUAAAAAUGAAAAAAGCGAGAAGUCAAUUAUUCAAGAAAAAAAAGAUAGUGAGGAGCCAACUAAAUCAGGUAUAUUUAUUCCUAAAGAUCAAAGAGAAUAUAUUGAAAAGAUAUGUGAGUUGGUAAAUGAUUUUGUAAACGAGUCUGAGGAAUUAUCACUAGACUUGCCAACUGGUACUGCUUUUCAACGUAAAUUAAUAUAUGAAAAAAUUGAGGAAAAAUACCCUAUGGGUUUGUACUUGGAAAGUGCUGUUAAUGAAAACAAACAGAAAUUUAUCAGGGUUUUAAAAGUCACUGCAAGAGAUAAUGAACGCAAAAGAGAGGAAAAAUAUCAGAGGGAAGUGGAAGAUUUGGAUGAAGUAAUUGGGUUUACCAAAGUGAUGAAUCUUUUAGCAGAAUCCAAAAAACCAAUUAUAGGCCAUAACAUGUUUUAUGAUUUAUUUUUCACAGUCACACAUUUUUUCUCACAACCCCCACCUAUCUUACAUGACUACAAACUACUUUUAACAUCAUUAUUUCCUCUUAUCAUUGAUACGAAACUGAUGUCAACAACACAGCCCCUUCAACAAAAAUGCUCAGGGACUUCUCUUAAAGCGUUAAUGAACUGCAUUGAAGAUGAUCGCCUUCCCAAACCAAAUAUUGUUGAUUCAACCGUGACAGAAGAUCAUGUAGAAAGCAGCAAACAGUACCACCAAGCAGGACAUGAUGCGUAUUGUACUGGUUUUAUAUUUAUCAGUUUAGCAAAAUGUUUGUUUGAAAGUGUGAAUGUUGAUUUGAAACAAAUCGACUUUACCAAUGAUGUUUUAACACCCUUUGUUAAUCGUAUUAAUAUUCUUGGCAUUAGAGACAUUAAAUAUAUGGAUAUUACGGGAGAAGAUAAGACUCCGUGUAGAGAGCAUGUGUUUCAACUAAACUUCCCAACUGGUUGGAAGGAGACAGACUUUGUGGAUUUGUUUUCACCAAUUUGCUUGCUUAGCCGACCUACUGUGUGGAUCAACGAAAGCUCUGUCUAUGUUACAUUAGCCGAUAAGGAAAAAUCUAAAGAAGUCAUCAAAAUUUUAGUGAGAAACGGGAAACCCACAGAUUCUUAUCAAGUCAUUCCUUAUGUUAAUGAUUCUAAUAGCACUGUUGUAGCUUGUAAAAGUCCAAUAUUAGAAGAAAAAAGUUCAAAGAGAAAAGGAAAAAGAGAUCAUACUGAAAUUGAAGAUGGUGAGCUUGAAAGUGAUGAUGGUGAGGAUGAUAAAGUUAAAAAACAAAAGAUGUUCAAAGAAGCAGAUGACUGGUGACUAAAAAAAGAGUAGGAGACUAAAAAAACCAGUCAUGCUUGCUUAAAUUUCAUACAAACAAGUGGAAAAACGCAAAGUAUAUUUAAGGCACAUAUUCUAAAAAUGAGAAAUGCUUUGAAAAAGUGUUAAAUCUGUGUUUACUAAAGUAAGAUUAUAUGGGGGAAAGUUUAUUAUUCUUAAAGUAUUUAAUUUAUUAGUACCAUUUAGAGUAUUGUUCCCACACAACAUAGAUUUCAUGCCUGUGUUGUUUGAUACGUCUGUAUGAAAUCUCAUUUUAGUAGUUGUUCUAGCAUGUUCAAUUGCACUAACAUGCCUCCACACAUGCCUAAAGCAAUUAAAUGUGCUAUUUUCAGGUUUUGAUCACAUGCAAUAUAGGUUAUGCAAAUUAUUAUUUUUUUUUAUUCAUAAAUUUAAAAAUCAAUGCCUGUACGCCAAGCUUUUUUGUUGAGAAAACUGCUGGCCUGAAAAAUCAGUCUCCAUUGCAUUUUCUUGUUGUUAAAUUUCUAAAAGCUGUUUAACUCACAGGCUGUGUCAUAUAACUUUGGUUUUAUUUUCGAACCUAGAAGUGAAAAUAAUUGCCAUAAGGACAUUGGAUGCUGGUAGUAUAAAAGAAAGCACCAUAAAGGUUUGACAUAAUUGUUUGCGAAUAAAGCUAUAGUCACAUAUCCAAAGAUUUUAUAACUGAAUAGAAGAAAAAUUGAAACAAAAAAUAAAAUAAAAAUAUUUAUUAAAUUUAAGAAAAAGAAGAAAAUUGCAAAUUUUAUGCUUUAAAAUUUCGAAAAAAGUUUUUUGUACUUGAAUUUUCAAACAUCUAUGCUACAUUUUUUAUAUAUACCAACAUUUUGUUUUGGUCCUUAAGGAACAGUAGUGUACAUGCAACCGUACUCUUAUAACUAUUAAAUGCCAUUUGUUUAGCAUUUUUUUUUUAAAUUUUAGCAAUUUUCAGAACAUUGGUCAAAUUUUGUAACUCUACAUCGUUAGUUUAAAAGGAUUGGAGUGCACUUAGAAUGCUGGACCUAUUUUGUUAUUUUUUAAGGUGUAUAAUUAGUAACUUUUUUAAAUUUUCAUCUAUUACCUUUAUUCUAUUGUACAAAGGAUUGAUUUUCUGAAGAUUUCAUAACUCAACA